AAUAUCCACACUCGGCACUCCAGUCUCCAAAAAGUGAAAAGUAGAAACAAAACUAAAAAGUUUUAUUUAAGUAUUUAACACUAACACUAAAUAGUUUUUAAUUUUGAUGUUCUAUAUUAUUAGGUAAUAAACAUUCAAAAAUAAUACUUAUUUUAUUAAUAUAAUAUUAAGUAAAUAAAGUUAACUUCAAUUAGUUAGUAUAUCUAUUACGAUGGAGUCUAUUGUAUUACCUACUCGAACUUUUGUCAAUGGUUCGUACUUACAGAAAUUCGUUGGUAAACCAAUAACCUUAAUUGGUAGUAUUUUAAAGGUGAAUUCUAACGGUAUGUCAGUUACUUUACAAUCUACCGAUAACCAAGUGGUGACGGCGACUUUUCAUGAACCUAUUGAUAGCUGUAUUGAUGGAUGGUUAGAAGUACACGGAUUUGUUCAAGAUAAAGCAACUAUUAGUGGUGAUAACUAUUUUAAUUUACCAUCGUCCAUUACUAACGAUUUUGGAAUAAUGCAGUGUCAUUCUCCUAAAGUUUGUUGUAUACUGUCUGUUAAUAAAAAUCAUAGUAACCAGAAUACAGAGAACAGCGAUAAUAGUCGAUAUUUCCAAAUUUUCAGUAAUGCGAUUCAGUUUUAAAACUCGACUUGCUUUGUAAUCAUAGGUUUUUUGAACUCUUCUGUAGCCCAGAUCAUAAUCUUUUUCUUACAAUUCAGUUCAUGAAUUGAUUCGUUUGGAAACAGUCCACUGACAAAUUAAAAACAAAAAUCGACUGGUUUUUCCCUAUUAUCAUUUAAAAAAUAAGUUUCUAAUUGUAAUCCUAUUUCAUUUAACACAUUUGUUGUCAACAAUUUGAUUUUCAAAUUAGUAUAAAAAAGCCAGAACAGUACGGUAGGAGCAUAGUGGGCUAGAAGAGAUUACAGGUCUUCAGGAAUUAUUAUUACUUAAUGUGAUAACUUCACUUUCAAUUCUAUUUGUAAAUGAUAGGAUGUAUACAGCAUGUAUGUAGAUUAAUGUACCUACCCAAACCGGAGCAAAAUUGCAUAAUGCAUAUGACAUCUAAGUCUUUUUGUUUUUUAUGGAACCAGUUGGGACCAACUAGAUUAGAAUACAUAGAGCAAAUAUACCGAUAGAUAGUGCAGAAUGUUUAAUAGCCUUAUAUCCAUUAUCAGAUUAUGGAGCAA